UUCGCAGGCACAAACCAUAUAAUGCUUUCAUAUCCAACCAACCAAAUAAGUAAUAAUAGGGUAAAUUGCAAGUUUGGUCACUGAGAUUACAAAAAACGUUCAUGUUUCGUCACUACAAAUAUUUAAUUCCAUUUGUGGUCACUUGAAUUAGUCAAACAGUCCAUGUUUGGUCACUCUUUGUUAGUCUCCGUCAACACCGUCAAUCAUUCGCUGACGUGGCUAACAAAAGUAUUUGCUCACCCUAUUUUAACCCGGCACAUAACCCGACCCGCCACGUCAUCUUGCUCAACCCAUCCCUUUAACCCAACCCAUGAGCAGACCCUAACUUAUUGAGCCACCUCACCUCUCCAAAUCUACUAUAUCUCUCAUCUCGCCGGAGAUUGUGAGGGUUCCAGAACUUGUUGGUGAGAACAACCACUUUCACAUGGUCAGAUCUACACCUCAUAAGCAACAUAGCGUUCUUAGGUGGAAUGCACAUCCUCGGUUCUUCUAUGCCUCCUUCUCCUUCAAACGCUUCCAGCUUCAUAUGGAAAUCGAUCUUCUUAAAUCCAUGCCAUCACGCAAACACCGUCCCAAAGGAGCCCCUCACUUUUCCACGACAUUGCCACUGUCGUUCUCUCUUCCUUCUCAUUGUUCUCCUCGUCGGCAAGGCACGACGAGACAUGGCACGAAAAAGUUGAACUCGGAUCCAAACGUUCUCAGAUCCUAUCAAAUCACUAGAAGAAGAUGCACCCACCUCUGGCUCCGACGCUACGACCACUCGCGCUGCUGGAACACGAACUCAGCAGCAUUCUCAUCGCCGAUCCCGCGCUCUAGCCUCCUGAAACUCCCCUCACCGCCAAGCGUUGUCGGAGGCCUCCUGGUGGACAGAGAUCUGGCCCGCAACUUCUUGGUCUGCUUCUUGUUCAGGGACUAGAAGGCGGAGGAUGCGUGGUCUGGAGAAACGAAGAUUUGUGUUCGACGAGGAAUCCAUUUCCUUCCUUUGAUUUAGGGUUCCUCCUUGUCAGCUGAAAUAGGGAAAAUGGGUCUAUUUUACAAAUUUUUAAUUUAAUUUGAGUGGGUUGAUCAAUGGGUCAGGUUAAGGUUGGGUUCGACAAGAUGACGUGGUGGGUCUAAGUGACAUGGUGGGUCGGGUUUCACUAUUUUCGAGUUAAAUUAGGUGUUUGCCACGUCAACAUUUAACAAUCUUCAUUAACGGAGAUGGAUGACGACUAACGGAGAGUGACCCAACGUGAACGGUUUCACUAAACUAUAAGACCACCAAUGAAUUUAAAUAUUUUGG